GAUAUUUCUUUCUGUGAAUAGUACUCUCAAUCACUCGCUGUCUUUCUUUCCAACACUUUCACACCAACACGACCACAGCCAUAUACAGUAUUUUGAAGAAAAUUUUCCAAGGCUAGAAAAUAGCGAUAGUUUUCUUUCAACAUGGAGCCAGUCCAAUUUUAUCUCAACUAUAUUUUUCUAUCGAGCUCCUCCCUUCUUUUCGAUUCCUCUAGCCUCUCAAACUCGACUGCCACUGAUGAAUGCAAAGAGAUUGAGGAUAUAGUGUGCAAUCGGAGACUAUACUUAAUAGGAAUGAUGAUAUUAUUCAGCAUCAAUUUUAUUCUCUCUACAAUGCGAUUAUUUUCAAGAAUUCACGACAAUCGCCAACAAACAGUGAGACGAGAUGUUGCAGCGGAAAUUCCAGACUUGCGGGAGGAGAUUAGAUCUAAUAAACUUAAGGAAAAGAGUUCUUCUGAAUUACACUUAAGGGUUUUUGAGAGGAUAACAUAAGACGGUACCAAAAAAGAGAGAGAAAGUUUUCUUGGGAGAUCUGGUAUAAAUCGUUUUGUACAGGGACAUUAAAAUGUGCGAAGAUUCAUAGCGAUUCGUACAUGCAAGCAAUUCAGAGAUAGAAGUACAACAGCA